AUAACACGUGGCUAUCAGCUGAUGCGUGCGCGUUCACCAACUUUCCAGCUCUGUUAACUGAUUGUGGACAUUACGUCAGUCAGAGUUUAGAUAUUGCCGGGUAUACUUACUAAUCAAGAAUAACUUGAAAAUUCUAUUAAUGAUACAAUUUAUACAUAAAACACAGAAAACAUGACAGAUAAAACAAAAAAAGUGUCACGGUGGUAUUUUGGUGGGCUUUCCUCUGCAGGUGCUGCUUGUGUUACCCAUCCUUUAGAUUUGUUAAAGGUUCACUUACAAACACAACAAGAAGGCAAGCUAUCUAUAGCACGAUUAACUACAUCUAUAAUACAAAAUCAGGGAAUUUUAGCUUUGUACAAUGGAUUAAGUGCUUCUCUGCUUCGUCAACUUACAUAUUCUACAAUGAGAUUUGGAGCAUAUGAAGUAGGUAAACAAACAUUUGAAACAUCUGGACAAUCAUUAUUAUUUUACCAAAAAUUGUUAUUGGCUGGAUUCUCUGGCGCAGCUGGUGGUAUUCUUGGAACACCAGGAGAUGUAAUUAAUGUACGCAUGCAAAAUGAUAUAAAACUUCCACCACAACUAAGACGAAAUUAUAAGCAUGCUCUAGAUGGAAUAAUACGUGUAAUUCAGCAAGAAGGAGUAAGUCAUUUAUUUAGUGGAUGCUCUACAGCAACAUUAAGAGCUGCAUUAAUGACAAUUGGACAACUGAGCUUUUAUGAUCAAGUUAAAAUUAUGUUGUUACAAAGUGGUUAUUUUAAAGAUAAUCCUAUAACUCAUGUUGUGUCAAGUGUAUGUGCAGGUGCUGUAGCUACAACUCUUACACAACCUUUGGAUGUUUUAAAAACACGAGCAAUGAAUGCUAACCCAGGAGAAUUUAAGAAUUUGAUGGAUCUAUUUUUGUAUACUGCUAAGCUUGGACCAUUUGCAUUUUUUAAAGGCUAUGUACCUGCAUUUAUCAGAUUAGCUCCACAGACUAUUCUUACAUUUGUCUUGUUAGAACAAUUAAGAUCUAAUUUUGGAUUCUAUCCUUCUGGUAUUUCAGUAUCAUAGAAUUCAAUUAACUGUCUUGAAUGCUGAAACAUAAUAUUCUACUGAAAUGUUCCAUAGGAGAAGAAAUUAGGAUAUGAAAAUAAGGAAUAAAAAAAUGAUAAAAGUGUUUGUCCUAUUUGAAA